CUGCUGCUCCGGCGCCACUUCGCCGACCGCGCUGUCUUGCCGGCGGAAAUGCCCAAGGUCGGAAGCAUCCCGCGCUCCGCCACGGUGGCGUGGUCGUCCUCCAACGAGCACUCUGGCUUGCUGGCGGCGGGCACCGUCGCGGGCGCCAUAUCGGACACGUUUGACUCCACUUCGCACCUCGAUGUCUUCUCGCUCGACCUGCAGGGCGGCGCCGAGCUGCCGCUGGUCGGCUCGCUCGCGUGCAACGACCGCUUCAGCCGGCUGACGUGGGGCACCAAGGGCGUGGCGGACGGCUCGCUGCCGUACGGGCUGCUGGCGGCCGGCACGGCCAACGGCAGCGUGCAGAUCGUCGACCCCGGCCGGCUCAUCAGCCGCCACGACGCCCCCGUGGUUGCGACGAUCGACUCCCACUCGGGGCCCGUGCGCGGGCUCGAGUUCAACCCGGCCGUGCCGGAGCUGCUCGCCUCGGGCGCGGCCGAGUCGGAGGUCUUCAUCACCGACCUGACGAAUCCGUCGACGCCGCGCGUCGUCUCGCCGGGCGCAAAGUCGCCCGGCCCCGGCGCCGACAUCUCUUGCGUCGCGUGGAACCGCAGGGUGACGCACAUCCUCGCGUCGACGUCGCACAACGGCCUCUCCGUCGUGUGGGACCUCAAGCUCAAGAAGCCGGUCAUCAACUUCACCAACUCGGCGAACCGCGGGCAGCGCAACUCAGAGGCCCCGCCGGUGAGACCACUGAUUUUGAUGCCGACCAUAAAUUCUCGCAACUCGAACGCAUGCUACUUACAGCUGCUGUCUCUCUUGGGGCCACCUUUCCGCUUUGGUUUUUUCCCCACUGACCACUCGGACAACUUUUACCAAAUGCAAAAGUUGCACCUUACCAUUCGGGCAAAUUCGAUUGCAUUUUACCACUCGGGCAAACUCGAUGAAACGGGCGGACGGAAAACGCGGCUGGUGAGAAUGGGCUCUGGCCACUCGCCCGUGCGGUUGUAA